AUGAAGCGCAAGGCCCUUGACAGGCUCAGCUCGAGCAGCAGCAGCAGCGGAAGCAAUCGUGGCAGCUCCGAGACCUCGUCGCCUUCCUCGGCCGCAAACAGAAACAACAGUCACAACGAUGACGACCCCGGUACCGCCAUCGCGAAGCCCACCAGCAGCCGCCGCGGCCAUUCCAAAUCGCGCCUCGGAUGCCUCAAUUGCAAGCGUCGACGCGUCAAGUGCAACGAGAUGCGCCCGACGUGCUCUCCCUGCCGCCGCCUCGGCCUGCUGUGCGACUACGCCGCCGCAGCAGCCGCCGCGCCGGGCUCUGUCCGCUCCGGCCCUUCGCCCCUCUGCCUCGAGGACCUCCGCUUCUACUACCAGUUCCUCAACAUUGCCUUUCCGUCCCUGCCGCUGCGCGCGGACCAAGUCUGGAAACAAUGCGCCGCCAUGUCGCACCAAUCGGAAUGUCUCGCCCACGCCGCGCUCGGGCUGGGGGCGCUGCAUCUGAGCAAACACGGCAACGUCGACUACUCUUCGCAGGCUCUCGCCCACCGCGUGUCGGCCCUCAGGAUUGUCAAUGAGCAGUUUGCCAAGCCGCCCAGAGACCAAGACAAUGCCGAUUCUCUCUUUGCCGCCCUCAUCUGCCUCGCCGCCCAGACCACGCUCUUGCCCGACGGCAUCGCAGAGUACAUGACCAUUACGAGAGCCGGCGCCUUGGUCUGGGCUUUUGUCAUUCCCGUCCACAGGGCGUCCGUCUUCAGGACCUUUACCAACGAGAGCCACUCUGAGAAUCUGUCUAAGAUUGUGAGCGAAGAGCCCAAAGACUUUGACCUCGUCGACGAAUUCCUCGCCUCCGUCACCAAGGUCAAGGAGCUCUGCACCGGCGCCCGAGAGCUAUACUACUGUCAGCGCGUCAUGGAUGCCGUGCAGGGCCUGCGCGUCUCGUCGCUCCAGGCCUGGCUGUCGCACGCCGACUUGUGGAGGGCACACUGCUACUUUUCUAACCACGAUUUCCAAGCAUUCAUUGCCCCGGACAAUCAUCCAGCUAGGCUACUCAUUGCCCACAUGCUGCUGGCCGACUAUUUCCUCGGGCAAUUCUGUGUCAAGGACUCGGAGCAGUUCAAGUUUACGGCACGAAAAGAAGUCAUCAUCUCCUGGGUCAGAAAUGCAGUCUGCGACCUGCCAAAGGAAAUCAGGCCCUAUGGAGAAUGGCUCAAGGGCUACUGUAACGUUGUCGAGCAAAGCGAUGGGCGAUAUCUCCUCACGCCCUGA